UCGAUUUAACUGCAGAGUGAGCAGGGGGUUGACAGCGUGAGCUUGAGCUUGAGCUCGUUCCAAGAAUGUCUAAGCAGCCAUGGAACUAAUUGACGUUCCAUCAAUUGCGGCUGUCCCAAAAGAUUUGGCCAUACUCCAUUGAGCAACUGGGACAUUGAGACGGUGGUGCUGGUGCACCUAGGCUGCGCGUUUUUACACGCGCUGACAGUGCCGAAACCACUUGGGAAUCUGCGAGAAAUCGGCAAAAAUGGACCACCAAGAAGAAGAUAAGAAGGAUGACGUGCUCGAGGCUCAACUGAAGGACUUGAAGCGGUAUGCCAACGACAUGAAUUUACGCUGCAUCGAAGGAAUGACCGAUCUGCACGUGGCGGCGAUGAAGGGCAGUGUGCUGCUGACAAAGCACUUUAUCAAAGGAGGCCAGAGCACAAACGCCGAGAAUGCAGAAAAAAAAACGCCACUGGUCAUAGCCAUGGAGAACGGGAAUUUCGAAGUAGCCGAAGUGUUGCUUCGCUCCGGGGCUCGGAUGUCGAACUCGAUUGACGCAAUCGAGGGUGCAUUCUAUUCGAUUUUGACGAAUAUCGGGUCGGUGCCCUCGCUCGUUCGCGAGCUCUUUUAUGAAAAAAUCAUGUCGAGAAAAUCGAUCGAGGAAAUCGUGACGAUGAUCGACGAUAUAGAGUGUCCGUUUUCAAACGUGGUCGCCAUGCAAAACGCAACCCUGACCAGGACCUUUAUAGACCUGAGCACAGACAUCGACGACAUCGAGUAUGCGAAAGGCAUGGAGACGGCCGUGAAAUUGCUGGACACAUCGAACAUCGACGUGUUGAUUAACCACGGACCGGACCGCGAGCAGAUGGAGCAGUAUCUCUACCAGAGCAUAAAGAGACUGGCGGUAAGUCGAGAGCCAAACUUGAACGCAAUACACUUUUACGCGUUGAAACUGUGCGAAUGGAACGACUGGAAUCCGAUGACGGUCGGCUGCGUCGCGGAAAUAUUCGAGAGAGCUAUCGCGAACGUGCUGGCCAUAUUUAUGACCCACGGAAUCCACGAGGUCAUCAAAUCCGCGCUUCACGGGGACGUUACCGCGCACGCUUUCGCCAACGGCGAUCCCCAAGUGGUGCUAUUCAUGCGCCGCGUCGUCCAGAGCGGGUACACACCCGAGCCCGGCUUGCGCGGCAAGACCGCGCUGCACUUUGCGAUGAGGUAUCGCGUUCAGGAUAACGUUGAGUUCCUAGUGAGCAAUACGCCCACCUUCAUCAACCAUCGGGACUCGUUGGGCCGCACCCCGCUCUUCGAGCUCUUCUAUUGUACCGCGCACACUCCCAGCAGGAUGCGCUGCCUCUACGGGUUACUCAUGAGCGGCAGCAUUGACGUCCAAAUUUUCGAUCGGGCUGGAAAGUGCCUGCUGGACUUUCGUCCUCGCGAUGAACACGUUACUAGGACUUCCAAUUGGACGGUGAUCCAACCCAUUUUGGCGCACCUUGCCAUGAUCGAAUCGCAAGGCCACGAAAUUGACGAAAAGAUCCACCAGAAGAUCAAGGACGAAGAGACGUUCGCUGAAUAUUAUGCUGAGUGCCAAAGCCAGCUCAAGGACAUGCAGAACACCACGACGUCUACGGACAUGACGACCUAUAAGCUCUUGCUCAUUGAUUUUUUCUCCUCGAAUAUUUGGGUGAGGGAUCACGGUUUGCGAUUAUUGCACGAUCGGACCUACUUACAAAAAUUUCAUCCUUACUACUCGAUCAGAUUGAAAGUUGUCCUACAGCACUGCAUGCAGCUAAACAUCGGUAGAGCCAAGAUGAUCACUUCGCUCUGCAAACAUUUCUCUCAACUGGCAGUUCUUCCCGGAGUAGUAGAUAUCAUCGUGAGUUUUCUUCCCGUUAAUUAUUUAAAAAAGUUAGCUAGAUCUCCAAGUAGCGAGGCUUUUUAGACGAGACCUCUUUGCCAGCGCGAUAUCAAAAUGUAGCUCUGACCACAACUCGUUUGUGUAACUCAUUCGUUGUCCAGACGCGACCGGCCCCCAUCAAAUCAAAUUAUCAAAUUAUUCGUCAUCUCUGCCAUCUGAACCCAUUGAAUAUGUACAGCAGCUCCAGUCAUUUGGGUACUUUGACAAAUGUUCUAUUUCAAAUUGUAUUAUUGACAGCCGAUUUUAAGCGAAGUGCCAAUUUUUUAAACUUAUUUUUUAAAAUCUGCAAAUGCAAAAGAUCAAAGCUUUCG